UAAUUUGUUUGAAGUUUUUGCUGGAUUUCUCGAAUCAUGUCAAUCUGGCGCGCCGAUCAGAAUCCACCCACAGAUCUCCUCGAGCUCUUAUAUGAAGAUGAGGUCAAGAUUUUUGAUGAAGACCUGGAAGACGAGGACGAUCCAAUGAUACCUUCACGAGCAGUGUCCCGCGAGAGGUCACGACCGCCAUUGUCGUCAAUAUCUGCCACGGUGCCUGCAGAUGCCGUGGUUUUGCGGACGUUUGACAAGUUCGGUGUGCCGCUGGAUGAACGGGCGACGGGCGACGAAGUUUUAGCCCCGGAUACCCACCUAUUGUAUGCGUCAACUGGAGAGCGCGAAAGAGAUGAACGGAAUCGUAGAAGAGGAACGAGUGAGAGAAGGGGUUGCCGAAGGGAAGUCAGGCGUGUGCGAGGACAGAGUGCACGUGGGGGUGGGGUUCCGAACCGAGGCCAUAGACGUCCGUGGGCGUUGGGACACCCACUCCAUGAAAUAUGGCUGGACGAUGACGACGUUCCUGCUGAAUUGUUAAGUUUGGCGAUGGAUGUAGUGAGGAGUCGACAGAGGAGAUUGCAAGAUGAAGCAGUGGUCGAUAGUACUGAACGAGGAAGGGUUGCUAGUGAGAGCGAAAAUGAGUUAGAAUUUUUCGACGCCAGUGAUGGAGCUGAUGCUCUCUAUAGCGUGGAACGCCAGAACCUUGACUUUGAAUGGUCUCCUAUGGAGAUCUUUCAAGGUCGAGAACAAAAUUUUCAGCCAGACCGUACUGGUUCGGUUCGGGUUUUCAAUUCAGCCUAUGACGCUUUUCGUUCCUAUUGGAGCGAGGAGGUCUUAGGUUUAAUAGUGGCCGAAACGAACGUUACUGCUUCGAAAAUUUCUUCUGCUGCAUUCCAGGCUGAAUGGUACCCCACAAAUAUGCACGAAAUUUUAUGCCUCUUUUCGUUCUGGAUGAUGUUGGGGAUCGUCAAAAUGCCAACUAUAUUUAGUUGUUUUUCUGUCGAUCCUCUCCUGAAAACGGAAGUUUUCAGACGCAUCUUUACACGAAAAAGGUAUGAAAUGUUAAACAGAGCAUUAAAUUUUGAAGAUUCCGACCUCGUUAUUGAUAACCAAAAUCCCUCCAACACUGGCGCAAGCUUUGACCGAUUACACCGUUUGAAACCAAUAUUAGAACAUUUAAAUGCCGCUUUUCAAUCACAUUAUAUUUUAAGUAAAGACAUUUGUAUAAAUGAAAGCCCUACACUUUGGAAAGGCAGAUCGAAUUCCAAUCAGUGUAUUCGGACCAAAGCUACUAUAUUUGGGAUCAAAACAUUCGAGCUUUGUGAGAGCACCACCGGUUACCUGUGGUCGUUCAUUGUUCACACCUUUGAACAAUCCGCAACAGAUCUGGAGCAUUCGCCCGGAGAGCUUGAAAGCACAGCUGUUGUGAAAAAGCUCAUUGAUCCUCUACUAAACAAAGGGUAUAGAUUGUUUAUGGAUAAUUGGUACAAUUCACCCCUAUUAGCUAGAUUUCUGAAGCUCAAUGGUACCGACUUCGUUGGUACUUUGGGAUCUUCCCGUCGAGAUGUUCCAAUUUUGAUAAAUAAGGCUCCUCUUAAAAGGGGAGAGUACAUCGCCAGACAUUCUAGCGAUGUCACUGUUUUGUCAUGGCAAGACAAGAAACGAGUAACUAUGAUUUCCACUUGUCAUGGUUCAUCUACAGCCUUGCCUACAGUCUCUUCUAGACUUCCAUCAUCUCGGAAAGUACGCCUUGAACCACAAGUGGUGCUGGACUUUAAUAAAUUCAUGGGGGGUGUAGACGUGAAAGAUCAGAUGUUGGAGCCUUAUUUAUUAGAUAGGAAACAUAGCAAAAAAUGGUGCAUGAAACUUUUUAAACGCUUUCUCAGUGUGUCCAUUCUGAACUCUCGCAUUCUUCUACAGUCAUCUACUCAAAAAAAUUUUGACGAUAUAGUUUUCCGCCUAGAGCUUGUAGAUCACAUCCUCAUAAAGCAUCUAUCACAUUGUCCGCAACCAUCAACCUAGUAGAUUUAUCCUUUCUACACAUUGGCCUGUCUUAUUGGAACCAACAGAGAGCACCUUAACAUGCAACCAGAAAUCCUGGAAGCGUUGCUUUGUUUGCCUGAAAAAUGG